AUGAAGGCGUUUUUGUUUAUGCUGUUCGCGCUUUUUGCCAUUGCAUACGUUAAUAACGCACCCGCCCCUUGCAAUAACCGUCCUGAUCCAGUAAACGUUGUGGACAACAACCGUCCUGAUGCAGUUCUCGUAGCGGAUAACAAUCGUCCUGAUGGAGUUCUCGUAGUGGACAACAACCGGCCUGAUGGAGUACUUGUCGUAGACAACAAUCAGGCUGGUGGUCAAAAUCCCAUUCCACAAGAAUGGCUCCGUGGGGGAAAGUAG